AUUAUAACCCACACCCUUCUCCACCAUUUCACGCACUCUUACUCUCAGUCCUUCUCUCUCUCUCUCUCUCUCUGCGUGUAUUUUUGUUUGCCUCCCUUUGUUUGGUUCUUCUUUUCAUUCUGUCAUGGAACCUCAACAACAACAAAACCAACAACGACCACAAAACGAGGAUGGCGGCAGUGGGAAAGGGGGAUUUCUAUGCAGGCAAAGCAGUACACGCUGGACUCCUACAACUGACCAGAUAAGAAUUCUGAAGGACCUUUACUACAACAAUGGAGUCAGGUCCCCAAGUGCUGACCAGAUUCAGAGGAUUUCUGCUAGGCUGAGACAGUACGGAAAGAUUGAAGGCAAGAAUGUCUUUUAUUGGUUUCAGAACCACAAAGCUCGUGAAAGGCAGAAGAAAAGGUUCAAUAAUGAUGUUCCCCUGCAAAGAGGGGUUGGUAAUGGAGGUUGGAAACGGGAAGAAUCCCACACCAAGUACUCCACCAUGGCUAGCAUAACCCCUGGGUUUCCUGCUUCAUCUUCUUCAUCUGGGACGAUUUCUGUGGGGCAGAUGGGGAACUAUGGAUAUGGAUCUGUGACAAUGGAGAAGAGCUUUAUGGACUGCUCUAUAUCGACUCGAGGUAGCGGUGGUGUUGGUGGAUCUAUCGGCCACAACUUUGGAUGGGUAGGAAUUGAUCCCUACUUUUCAUCCUACACUCUCUUUGAUCCGAGAAGAUCAAUGGAAGAAAAUUCAGGAGGAGAAGAGGAAGAAGAAGAAGAAGAAGAAGAAGCUGCUUCAGAGAUAGAAACCCUCCCACUGUUCCCCAUGCACGGUGAUGACAUCAAUGGCUUCUGCAAUGUUAGUACUACUACUUCUUCAUCCAACGGGUUCUACAGUACCACCUUAUAUCGUUCUGGCCGCGGCGACAGUGGCAAGAGCGGUUCUUGCACUUCCCUCGAGCUCAGCCUCAACUCCUACUCUCGCAGAUCAUGAUCGUCACCCUAGCUAACAUCAAGCCCAGCUUUAUAAUGAGCAGCUGGUAUAUAUAUAUUUGGGUUAUCAAUAUAAUAUUCUAUAUGCUAAUUAAUAUAUAAUAAGGGUACGUAUAAGUUUAUCGAUCGAUCAACAUGGCCUAGAUUGAGUAUUUAGGUUUUUUGUCCCCAGCUUAAAAUACGUACAUGUGAAUUAUUAAUGGGUUAUUAGUUUAACUUA